UACGUUGCAAUGGGCCUCCAGUACGCAUUUUUGUUCGCAUGUCUCACCACGGCUGAGGUCUGGGCACUGUACGAGGAAUGGACGCCGAGCUAUCACUGGACGCCGAGCUUUCACUGGACGGAGAAAAUGACCAUGAAAAACCCGGAAAACAACCCUACCUUCAACGACCCAGAACUUGGGUCUCUGCAAGAUGCGUGGCAGGUCCUAGAAGAAACGUCAACUAAUACGUAUUUUCUGUUGUUUCGCGCGGCUGUUCCCGUUGAAAAGAAAUGUGUCUUCGCAACAGCUAAUAUCACAGACAAAACCGACAAAACCGCCACUCACACAAUAACGAUUUACGAUACGAAAAAAAGGAAAUACGAGAAUGCCACAAUACAAGUGAGAGCUCUGAAUCAAGCUGACUACCCGCUUGAAAACGUUAUAAGGGCCAACUUCAAAGGAACACUCCCAAACGCUACUCCAGUUCCCCCAGGAAGCUACACGUACGCUGAGAAUGAUAACUCCAUCUGCUAUUCCAGAAGUACUCCCUUUCCUGAUAGGGGUAAUGCUGUAGAUUCUCGUCAGAGUGCACGAAACUAUGGUAAUUCUAAGAAGAAUGUUCUAGAUGAAUUGUUCCCCUCUCCGGAAAGUGCUGACUAUGCUGACAUGUACGUCGUAUACAACGAGCCGCAAUGUUAUAUCCUUAGGAGUCCCGCAGCCAAAGGAGGAUGUGACUUGUGGCUGAGAAAAACCGAGUUGAAAAAAAUAGUGGCUGACCUGGAAGAUGAAAUUAUAAGAAAAAAAGAGAAACUCUAUAAGGAGGGUAAGGUAGAAUGGGGAAUCUAUGAAAACUGCACUGCGACAGCUUCAGACAAAAAAAGAGUACAAAUUUACGUAGAUGAUGGCCUUCAAAGAUGGUGGAACGAUGUCGUAUGGGAACGGAUUUCCGUCGACUGCGUUCUCGCCUUCAUGAUAAACUGUGGAAAGCCAUUCUAUAGAGUUUCCGAUCCGAUAACCUGUAAUACCACACUAACAGGGCAAUACGUG